CGUCGACCGGAUUGCACCCAAGCUUUGUUGAUUACACCAGACAGAGCUGAGUUUUCAUCUUCCUGGUAUGCAAAGAUGAUCACUCUGCUCAUCGCAUUACUUUUUGUCGCCGCUUCUAAGGCGGCGACCUCUGGCAUCGAUCCGAUCGAUAACUAUUGCUGGAGAUUAUACCAUCAAUCUACGAUGAAAAAUGGCAGUCUUUACAUCGACGGAGGAAUCGAGGUCUUUACAGACAAGAACAGCAAUGGGAAUCCUUCGUCUGCUCCGACUCUUGGGUAUAACACCUAUCUGAUGGAGGUCGACAUGAAAUCUUCCUGGAAUUGGCAGAAGAAUAUUUCAAUCAACGCCAUAAACAAGACCGCCAACCCCAGCACCGGAACCGAUCCUCCUUUGGUCGUCCGCGGAGCUCUUUACUCGGGAGCUUCGACCGACAGCAGCAUCUACCUCUACGGUGGAACCAAUUCCUACCUGAACACUAGCUUCCCGGGCUUCCAGAAACCGACAUCGUCACAAUAUGCGCUGUGGUCGUGCGACACCGAUGGCGAUUCCUGGAACCAAUAUGAUGUGACACUCAAUGCACCUUAUCGGCCUGCAGGGGGAGCAUAUGCCGAAGCACCGGAUCAAGGGCUCGCUUUUUGGCUCAACGGGUAUAUCGACAAUGGGACAUCGAAUGGAUUGGAGGGUCAGAGUGGACUUCUUCGCUAUCUGGAUGGGUUGAUCGUGAUCGAUACAAACAAGCAGACGGCGAAAAAUGUUUCCACCUCGUCUAUGGAUAACUUCCCACGGGCAAAGGGGGGUAUGGCAUAUAUUUCGGGUGUUGGAUCGAAAGGAAUUUUGGUUGCGAUUGGUGGAGUCACCAAGCCCACGAGUGACGGCAGCUCCUCGAAUCAAGGGACAUAUGUAUCCUUCAACGAAAUCGACUUCCUCGAUGUUGCAUCCCUCGAUAACGGAGACGAGAACGGCUCUUGGUACAAGCAGAAAGCGAGUGGUGAUAUACCCGACGGACGGAUCGACUUUUGCUUAGUGACGGCAUCUGCGAAGGAUAACUCGAGUCAUAAUAUCUACAUGUACGGUGGCCAGGCUACAAACAAGGUCUACGAUCAAAUCUACGUGUUGUCCAUUCCGUCUUUCACAUGGACGAGGAUUUACGAGGGAGAAUCUCCACGAUACGGACACACCUGCCAUCUGGUGGCUAAUAGGCAGAUGCUGACUGUCGGUGGAAGCUCGACGGAUGCUCUCACAGCAGCUUGUGACUGGGAGACUAAAGGUGUUGCGGUGUAUGAUAUUUCCUCGUUGACAUGGGGCAGCACAUACGAUGCGUCAGCUUCGGCGUACGAGGUCCCGUCUCUGGUCUAUGAUACUGUCGGUGGAGAUGCAAACGGAAACGCAAGCAUGAUGACACCAUCGAAUGGAUUCAGCACCACUCCAAUCGCCAAUUUCUUCCAAGCCACAAACAACAGCAGCAGCAGCAGCAACACCACAAGCAGCACACCGUCAAAGAAAAGCGGGAUCAGCGGAGGAGCGAUCGCAGGCGCAGUAGUUGGCUCCGUGGCCGGUGCUGCUCUGAUCGUGGCUUUGAUAUUAUUCAUCAUAAAUCGCAGAAGAAAACAAGCCGCUACCAGCUACCAGCAGGCAGCCGAGAACAAGGGCUUCGAUAGCAGCCCAACUGGGGCAACAUGGCGAAAUUGGGAUGGACAGAUGAUCGAACUACCAUCAGGGCAGUCGAAGCCACCGGCUCAAUUGCCCGACAGUAUAAUUCCGCACGAGAUGGAAGCGAAUGAGGCUCCAUCUGAGCUGCACAGCAGAAGUCGAGCUGAGAUGUGAAUGACUGACUUGACACGAUGCGAAUUCCUGUUACGAUAAUACUAGGAUAAUAUGAUAUCCCGUUGCCUAAGACCAUAGCCAUUCUCCAUGUAACUAUUGUCAUCAGAUCAUCAAUACUAAAACACCAGCC